GUCAACAUACGAUCUUCGGCGGUGACGUCGCAACAGGAUGGGGCGGGCAGCGCGAACUGGCGCCGGGAGAUUCGAUCCCUGACCGCGGUCCUGACUGCUGGAAGUAACCCGUAAACCUCACCUCAACCAGACCCGUUUGAUUUGUGUAUUUGCCGCGGAGUCAUGUUGUUCCUUUGUGUGUUCCUCCGGAGCGGGAUCGGCAGCUGUUAAACCUUCACCUCCAUACAGAUGGAGGCCAUGGAGGUGGACUCCCCUGGGGAGCUGCAGGGAGGAGGUGGCAGACAGCCAGAGGUUGCUGCCGCAGCCGCGGACGCCAACGCGCCACACGUCAUCUCAGACUCCGGCAGCAGCACCGAGGUGGACGAGGACGACGAUGACGACAAUGAGAGAGGGCAGACGGCAGCUCGCGCGCCGCCCAGGCUUCCUGCCACCUGGGCGUUCAGUCAGAGAGCGGUGAGCGGCUCUGCAGCUACGCUUUCAGCCGCUCAUGGCGCACCAAUCCGGAGGAGACUCAGGCAGGGCCUCCGGGUGCACUACCCCAGCCAGACUGCGGCGCCCUCCAGAGGCUUUCCCGACUUCCUGCUCCGAGCGCCGGCCGCCAGCGUGGCUCAGCCAGAGUCCGGCAGCACCACCGAGGUCAGCGAGUCUGACGACGAGGAGGGGGAAGAGGAGGGCGGCAACAGAGAAGCCACGGCUGCUGCUCCGGAGCCCGUCGUCCCGGCGCCACCUGGUAGUCCUCGUCUCAACGCCUCCGUCCAACACGCACAGCCACAGGAAGCUGGUCCAACCAACUCCGGUUCAGCUGCAGACGGUGAGAGGACAGAAACGUCCAAUCAGAACGUCCAGCCGGUCCCUGCGGCCUCGGCUUCUGCCAAGCCGCCGCAGGCUGAAGAGGGCGAAGGCGACAUCUGCUCCAUCUGCUUCGAGGCGUGGACGACGGCGGGCGAGCACCGGCUGUCGGCUCUGCGCUGCGGACACCUCUUUGGCUUCACCUGCAUCCAACGCUGGCUGAAAGCUCAGGGCCCGGCCGCCAAGUGUCCACAGUGCAACAAGAAAGCGAAGCGUUCCGACAUCGUUCUGCUGUACGCUCCCAAGCUGAGAGCGCUCGACAACUCCGAGCAGGAGAGCUUAAAGAAGUCUCUGGAGCAGGAACAGUCUCUGAGGAGGAAGGCUGAACUGGAAUCAGCUCAGUACAAACUGAAGCUGCAGGUUGUCACCAACAAAUACGGACAAGCACAACAAGAGCUGCAGGAGCUGAGGGCUCUGAUGGCUCAGGCUGGCAGAAGCUCAGUCCCGUCCUCAUCCUCCUCCUCUUCCUCCUUUGCGUCCACCUCGCUCCUCCUCGGCCUGUCCCAGAGGGCGGACGGCUCCAGGAUGGCCCAGUACAGUUUCUCCAAGGCGGUGUUGGUGUCCCAGGCUGGAAGCUGCAGGGUUUUAUCCUACUGCGAACCUCUGAGCUGCCUGCUGGCCUCGCAGCCGUCCCCGCACUCCACUCUGGUGCCCGGUUGCGGGGUGAAAAAGGUGAGCGUGGUCAACAUGAAGGCGAGUCAGUACGUUCCCAUCCACAGUAAACAGAUCCGAGGUCUGUCCUUCAACAGGCAGAACGACAGUCUGCUGCUGUCUGCCGCCCUGGACAACACCAUCAAACUCACCAGUCUGCUGACCAACACAGUGGUUCAGACCUAUAACGCAGGGAAACCCGUGUGGAGCUGCUGCUGGUGUUUAGACAACAGUAACUACGUCUACGCAGGUCUGAGCAACGGCUCGGUGCUCAUCUACGACACCAGAGACACCAGCACGCACGUCCAGGAGCUGCAGCCGCUACGCUCCAGGUGUCCGGUGGCGUCUCUGUGCUACGUCCCGCGGGCGGCGUCCAGCUCCUUCCCUUGUGGCGGUCUGAUCGCUGGCUCUCUGGAGGGCGGCUGCUUCUGGGAGCAGGUCAACGAGACCACGUACAGGCCGCACGUCCUGCCACUGGAGACCGCCGGCUGCACCGACAUCCAGGUGGAGAUGGAGAGCCGACACUGUCUGGUCACCUACAGGCCAGGCCGCUCCAACCCGUCCCUGCGCUGCGUCCUGAUGGCGCUGAACAGGACGCCUCAGCAGGACUCCAGUCAGCUGCCCAGCUGCUCCUGCGCUCCGGUGCAGACGUUCAACGCCGGCUCGUCCUGCAAACUGCUCACCAAGAACGCCGUUUUCAAGAGACCGGACGGAGGCGGGACGCUGGUCUGCGCCGGGGACGAGGCCUCCAACUCCACCAUGGUGUGGGACGCCGGCAGCGGCUCUCUGCUCCAGAAGCUUCCGGCCGACCUCCCGGUAUUGGACAUCAGCCCGUUCUCGGUGAACGGCGAGCACUUCCUGGCCUCGCUCACCGAGAAGAUGCUGAAGCUCUACAGGUGGGAGUGAACGGGACGGACUUUACAGACUUAGGAAAUUACAAAAAAAACACACAAACUCAGUCCCAGAGCACGAGAACAUGACGCAGUCUGUGUGCAACUGUGGAAAAAUCCAAAAAGCUGCUCAACUUUUAUAUGUUUACACACUCAAAAAAAACGGAUCGACCCGAGGAAACAUUUAUGGUUUAUUCUUCUUUUAAAAAAAAAAUUACAUCUACGUUACUGAACGUUUGGUGACCGUUGGCCUGCACAGAAAGAAUGAUGAAGCCGGCGGUGUGUGAUACCUGGACAGAUACAGAUUGAGAGAAACGUUUCUCACUUAAAGCCGAAAGAUUGUGUCGAUCGAGUCCUUUUCGUGUUCGGAUCUUCUUGUUCUCGGCUGCUAAAGUAGAAGCGUUGAAGGCUCGACUGAGUCGCCAGAAGGUGGUUUUCUGUCCUGUGUUAUUAGUCUGACGGAGGUGAUACGUUGUCACCGUCUUCUUCCACCAGUCCUGCAGUUAAGGUGUGUGUGUGUGUGUGUGUGUGUGUGUGUGUGUGUGUGUGUGUGUGUGUGUGUGUGGCUCUUCAACUGCAAAUCAUGCACACUUCAUUUUUUAUGACCAUUUUCAGGCUCUUUAGAUUUAUCAUGUAUUUUUCCUACAUUCUCACGCAGCCAUUUACUCCCAUUCAUCAUUUCUGUAUAGUAGGAGAAUGAAAAUCAAUCCAUCGACGUCAACAUCGGGUCAGAGUUACAACCAACUUAUUUUUAUUAUCAUUUAUCCUGCUGAUUAUCUUCUCCUAUUAUCUGACGAAUUGUUUGGUCUGUAAAAUGUGAGAACAUCAUGAAAAAUAGCCAACGUGACGUCUUCAGAUUGCUUGCUUGUACAACCAACAUUCAAAAAACAGAAGAUAUUCAGUUUAACACAACAAAAAAACAAGAUAUUCAGUUUAACAACAAAAAAACAGAAGAUAUUCAGUUUCUGAACACAAAAGACAAAGAAAAGCAGGAAGUUGUCACAAUUCAGGAGCUCGGAUCAUCAAAUAUUUCUCUUUUUUGCUUCAAAUAUUUGACUUAAAUGAUGGAUCGAUUAUCAAAAUAGUUGUUUAAUUCAUCUCUAAUCAAGUCUGCGUUUAGUUUUGUAACUUCUACAUUAUUGUUUUAUGGUAAUGCAGCAAGCACAGAUUAAUUAGAACCUGACUUAUCUAUUGGCAGUACUGAUAUUAUCUGACGAUUGUUAUAUAAUCGCACAUCAUCAGCGUAUAUAAGUCGUUCAGGAGAAAUGACAGAAGUGUUUGUCAUUUAGAAACAGAAUCUCCUUUAUUGUCCACCAGGGAGCAGUUGUCACUGCAGCAUCUGCAACAUAUUCAGUACAAUUCUUUAUUAAUCAAGUUUAAGAGAUGGUUUUUGGCUUUAAAAGAAUCCCGUAGAGAGAGGCGAUGUCCCUCCCCUUCCGGGGGACCUCAUGGGACCUUAAUUCG